AUGGAGGCCUUGGAAGAAGCUGAACUCUGCUUUCCCCAACUCAACAACUCCUGCAGGAAGACAACACGUCCUCAUUUGGAGGCUGCGUUCAUUAACAGCCUGCUGUCCUGCAUCACUCUGCUCACUGUGGUUCUUAACCUGCUGGUCAUCAUCUCUAUCUCCCACUUCAGGCAGCUCCACACCACCACCAACCUCCUCCUCCUCUCUCUGGCUGUUGCAGACUUCCUUGUGGGUCUCCUGCAGAUGCCAGUUCUACUUCUCCAUAACCAAGGCUGUGUGAUUCUGGGUGACAUUAUCUGUGCUUUGCAUUACUUUUUUGCUUUCCUUGUUGUUAGUGUUUCAGUAGGAAGCAUGGUGCUCAUAUCAGUUGACCGCUACAUUGCUAUUUGUGACCCCAUGUUUUACACCACCAAAGUCACUCUGAAAAGAGUUCAACUAUGUGUUUGUCUGUGUUGGAUAUUUUCUAUUGUCCACAGCAGUUGGAUACUGAGGGAUUUCUUUAAGCAACCAGGCAGGUAUAGCACCUGUUAUGGAGAGUGUGUAGUUGUAGUGAAUUUUGCUGAAGGAAUGGUUGAUCUUGUUGUGACCUUUUUGGGCCCUUUUUUAGUCAUUACACUUUUGUAUUUGCGAGUAUUUGUGGUGGCUGUGUCUCAGGCUCGUGCCAUGCGCUCUCACAUUGCAGCUGUCACACUUCAGCGUCCAGAGACUGUAAAAGCUUCAAAAUCUGAGAUGAAAGCAGCCAGGACUCUUGGUGUUGUAGUAGUUGUGUUUCUUCUGUGCUCCUGUCCAUAUUAUUGUUUUGCUGUUGCAGCAGAGAGCAACUUGGUAGGGGCAUCAUCUGCAGCCAUUGAGCUUUGGCUGGUGUAUUUCAACUCCUGUCUAAACCCUGUGAUCUAUGUGUUUUUCUACCCCUGGUUCAGAAAAGCUAUUAAACACAUUGUUACAUUUCAAUUAUUGAAGCCGGGCUCCACUGAGGCCAACAUACUGUAG